AUGGCUCUGCUUGCUCUCUGCUUCCUAUGGGCCUUAGCAACAGCCGUGCGAGCCGCCCCGGUGGCCCCGCUGGGUGCUCCAGAGCCUGCUCAGUAUGAGGAGCUGACCCUGCUCUUUCACGGGGCCCUGCAGCUAGGCCAGGCCCUCAACGGCGUGUACAGAGCCACGGAGGCUCGCCUGACAGAAGCUGGGCGCAGCCUGGGCCUCUUUGACCAAGCACUGGAAUUUCUGGGGGCAGAGGUGACCCAGGGCCGGGAUGCGACACAGGAGCUUCGCACCAGCUUGUCGGGGAUUCAGGUGGAAGAGGACGCUUUACACCUUCGAGCAGAAGCCACAGCCCGAUCACUGCGGGAAGUGGCCCGGGCCCAGCAGGCUCUGCGGGACACUGUACGGAGACUACAAGUGCAGCUGAGAGGCGCCUGGCUCGGCCAAGCCCACCAAGAAUUUGAGACCUUAAAGGCUCGUGCCGACAAGCAGAGCCACCUCCUGUGGGCACUCGCUGGCCACGUGCAGCGACAGCAGCGGGAGAUGGCGGAGCAGCAGCAGUGGCUGCGACAGAUCCAGCAGAGACUCCACACCGCGGCCCUCCCAGCCUGAGGUGACCUGGACGCUACACGCUACUGAGGACCAGCUGUGCUGCAAGGAACACUGAAUGCGCUCCGCCAGGCCCGAGAGCAGGGCCGACAGAGCCGGCUGCCUGUCAGCCGUCAGCCGGACCUGGCCAGGGCGCCCCGCUUCCUGGCAGAGCAGAGACAGAAGCAAGCAGGCGGGAUGGAGGGCAGAAGGCAGAGCCCGUGGAGGAGGGGCUGGAAAAGGACACGCGC